AUGACAACAACUAUUGUAGGAAAAGUAGCUUAUUCUGAUAAUGAACAUGAUGAGACAAUGGAUAUGGUUCAUUCAGAAUAUAUUUCAAAUCAAUUACCUUUUUCAACUAUUCAAAGUAAUAUGCCAAAUGUAGUUAAAACAACAAACUGUCCUGUUGUAUUAAUGAUUGCUCCAGCAACUGUUAUUUGCCAACAGAAUGAUAAAUUUUUUGGAAAGAUGCUUGAAAAAUUAAGUAUAAAUGACAAUAAUGAAAAUUGA